GUAGAUCUGAACGAGCGUGUACAUUUUUGACAGAUUUUGAACAGAUCAACAUUGGAAAUUUUUGGUUUAAAAUUUGCAGAACUUUCACAAUUUCUUACAUCUAAAUUAAUUUUACGAUGGCAGGUUCUGCUCUUAGACGUCUAAUGGCAGAGUAUCGCCAACUAACAUUGAAUCCACCGGAAGGCAUCAUAGCAGGGCCCGUAAGCGAAGAAAAUUUUUUCGAAUGGGAAGCAUUAAUCACCGGACCAGAAGGAACCUGCUUUGAGGGCGGUGUAUUUACAGCGAAGCUAGUAUUCCCUCCCGACUAUCCGCUGAGUCCUCCAAAAAUGCGAUUUACAUGUGAAAUGUUCCAUCCAAACAUUUUUGCGGAUGGCAGAGUUUGUAUCUCAAUACUACACGCUCCCGGUGAUGACCCAUUAGGUUAUGAAUUAUCCGCUGAACGUUGGAGUCCAGUCCAGAGCGUCGAAAAAAUCUUGCUGAGUGUUGUUAGCAUGCUAGCUGAACCGAAUGACGAAUCAGGAGCUAAUGUAGAUGCAGCCAUAAUGUGGCGCGAAAAUAGAGAAGAAUUCAACAAGAUAGCUAAACGAAUUGUCAGAAAAACAUUAGGGCUACCGUCAUAAAAUAUAACACUCAACGUAAUGAUAGAUCCGUUUUUUCACUAUCUUAUAUUUAUAUUGAAUAAUUAUAAAGAAUCGCCGAUCCAUAUUUCGGAGA